UUGCAAAGGUCUAAUAGGACGAACGAUUAUAUAAAUGUUGAUACGAAAAUACGAAAUGUCAUUUUUUUAAUUCAGUAUCAAGAGAAAUGAGAUAUAAUUUGUUGAACAACUAUUUAAUUCAACGAAGCAAGCACAAAAUGGAUUAAAGCUAAAACGAGUUUGUAUAGCGUUUGUUAAAUAUUCGCUAGCUUUCGCCGAGAGUUUUCAGGAUUGAUCUACUGUAUCAAGACAGAUGUUUCCAUUUCCAGAAAUAGACCGGAGAAAUAGACAAGAGACUACACGAGUUAUUGCGAAACAUCACGACAGUGUCAUUUUGGUCCCAUAAUUACGUCUGUUAGACAUGACAUAAGGCAACAAAAGUUAUUCAAAAUGCAUCAGAGGAAUGACUCAACAUGCAAACAAUGAUAUAGAUACAACACAGAGUCACUAAUGAAAUAAAAGUGUAAAAAUAAUUUCAUGGAACUGUCAAUGUCUCGGAACUCAUAGACACGGGUAUUCUAGCAAAGCGUUAGCUUACGGGCAGAUGCAGAAUUGGUUGUUUACUUCAGUGGAUUGCUCAAGAAGGUCACGGACAUAUUCGAGCGUGGCUACAUCGAUCUAAAAAGCUACACAGAGGAAGGUGAACAUAACGAAUGAAGUAUCUACGGAAGUAAACAAGCCUGCUAAUAAGAGGACGACGUAAAACUAAUGAAGGAAUUAACUGAACAUAUGAAUUAAUUAGCAGAUGCCAUUACGAUGAUGAAUAUUUCGUAAUUAUAUAUACGUAAACAGUAAUGAUGAAAGAUUCAACUGGAUAAAGUCGAAUUAAAUCUCCUUAGAGAACGUUUAAUCAAAGCUGCCGAUUGGCUUGAUACGAUAAUGUUUUAGUCAAUAUGAUUACGAAAAUAUGGAUUUAAUGAAAGAUAACUCGCCUAUAAUUAACGAGUAGGAUUAUAAAAGGAUUUUCUUGUCAGUCGGUACGAAGUAUAAAUUGUUUAAUCUCUCGGGAGUAACAGAGUGUGAAUAGACCAAAGCGUGCUGAGUUAUACAUCCUUUAUGCAAGCAAAAGAAAAAGAAAAGAAAGAAAAUAUACCUACAAAGCGGUCUGGGCAGUACUUUAUUCUUGUUUUGUAUGCAGACUUUUCUGGAUCGUAGGUAUUUAAUGUCCCAUUGACAACGAAUCAGUUCUUCGUUCGCGUGAAUAUUGUGCAACAACUGACAUUUUACGUAGAGCUAGUUUUUAAUGGGGAUGUUCUGGAAAAUGUCUGCUUAAACUAACUUUAAAGCCACGAAUAUCGUUUAAUCCCAUUUCAAUUUUUUUUAUUUCCUAGAUUUGAAAAUAAUAGUUUCGGUCGUGUUGAACUGAUGUAAGACGAUAUAAACAGAUACGUAUGCAUGCAACUAUUUUGCUCCAAAAGAAAGGGUGAAAGAAGGUUCAGUGUUCGCAGCUUUUUAACUGCAGGAUUCCGGAAUGCGACAAUGUAGAACAUAAUGUUCUCCCGUACCAAACAUACGGCCCAGUUUCUUGUAUUAGACGGACAAGUAAUGAAAGCAAAUAUGAAAAAAAAUUGUUGAUGAAGUUUGCAUGACCAUGUCAUUUUAUCAUCAGAGGUAGAAACACAGCGUGUUUCCUAUCAAUUACAAACCAGAGAACUUGUCUUUACUUCAGACAUGGAACCUACAUAUUCGUAUAAAGAUCUGAAACUAGAAAGUCAUGAUUAUAUUCAUUUAAAUAUUACUAAUAUCACGCAAACGGAUGAUAAUGAUCUUCUAAUGAAUUACAACAUUAGAGAAUUCCAGUCCAAAUUACCUGCAAUAAUUUACACAUCGAUUCUUAUGUUAAUUGGAACUCCGGGUAAUAUAAUAGUUCUAUAUGUAUAUUUCUUUAAAUGGAGAAAAAGUACAUCUAGAAUGUUCAUAUUAUUUUUGACAGCUUUGGAUUUAAUAAACUGUGUGACGACUUUACCAAUGGAGAUUUAUAUCAUGAUUUAUUCCGUCAUUCUAGAUAAACCGUGGCUUUGCAAGGUGACACGAUUUUCAACGUACACUCUCAACAGCUCCUCAGCCGCUAUUCUCGUCGCUAUAGCGAUUGACAGGUUCCGCCGGAUAUGUCGUCCCCAUGGCCCUCAAUUCAGUGCUUCGAAAUCAAAACGUAUAUGCAUCGGUUGUAUAAUGCUAGCGUUUACACUUACAUGGCCUGCUUUGCUGUUUUAUGGUACAAGAAUUAUUCCUUUAGGGCAGGUGCACGGAAAAGCGUGCCUGUUAGAGAAUAAGUACGAUACAUCUAUAUAUCCGACAAUAUUCUUUGUAUUUCAGAUGGCUAGUACUGUUGUAAUUUUCACUACCUUGUCAGUGUUGUAUUAUUUCGUAGGAAUACAAGUGUGUAAGCAUCGACAAAUGCGUAUGAGGAGAAAAGCUGAAACUGCCGCAGCUAAGGACAUGAUAGAAAACGAAAAAACUUCAACCAGCAAGGAGGAUACACUUUUACAGGAAUCUGAUUCCACAGACUUAAAAAUAACUCAAAUCAGGCGUAAGUCAAUUAAGGAAAAUAAAUUAGAUGGAAUAGAAUUAAAGCCAUUAGAAAUAAACCAUCUCCAUGUGAGUAGUUCAUUUAAUGAUGUUUCUGCUGCAGAUACUGUAUCAACGUGUGAUGGUAGAUCACGGUGUGAUACAAUCAGAUCUAGGUGUGAUACAAUCAUAUCUCUACCUGAUGAACAUAGGAAUGGUGGCUCAAGCAAGAAAAGACCGAGGACAAGUAAACACAAGUUUACAAAAAGGAAGGGGACGUUGAAAGAUUCAUUGACCAAAGUGAACGGACAUUGCAUGCACAUGAAGCUCAGAAUAGGGCGAUCGACACUCAUGUUGUUCCUUAUAACCUGCGCAUAUAUAGUUAGUUUUCUUCCGUUUUAUAUUAUAGCGAUUAUCCGUCAGACAUACUCCGACUUUUUGAGUCAGCUAGAAGGUACCAGUUACAUGACAUAUAAUGUUUUUCUGAGGUCGUACUUAUUGUCCAGUGCAAUCAAUCCAAUUAUUUACUCAUUUUGUAAUGCUCAAUUUAGAUCUUUCUGUCUUGAUAUGUGCAGAAAGAAGACAGAAAGGAGAACGAUUUUGUAAAAUGAUAUUAUUAUUUGUAGUAAAUGUAAUAUUUGUCUCAAUAAAAUGCUCAAACUUUUCAAAAAGUAAUUCUUAUAACUUUUCUGCAGACCUUGAAGUUACCAGUAUUCUCUGUGAGAACUAUUGUCUAUUUCAUAUCUAAAUACGGAUUUGUUAUUACAAAACCUUUUCUUCUUACUUAGUCCCAUUUUAAAAGGACAUAUCGAAAUAUUUCGCUAAAAGUAAACACAAAUUAUAAAAUCUGUGACAAAAGAAAAUCUGAUGUACUUCUAUAUAUCAUUUUCGAAAUUAAUUUUUGACAAUUUAUAACUCGCAUUACUCUACU